UGGAGAUUUGACCCCUAAUUAGACCAUAGUGCCGGAUCGGAAUAUGACCAUCACCGCGACAACUGUGCGAUAAUCCGAAUGUCAAAAAUAAAGAUUAUUCGUUUACGGAUCGUUGUACUGACAACACCUUCAGCCUUCUGUUAAUUCUUCUGCCUUCCGAUUUUGUGCCUUUUAUAAGUUCAACGUUUAGUUCAAAUUAGUAAAAUUCGAGGUUUACAUCUCAGAAGUGGGAUUGUGCCAUGCCGUCUAAAGAAGAUAUGUUGUGUGCGCUGGAGAACGCGAAAGUGCCGGUGCCUCCAAUCGCUACGAUUGCUCAAAUCCGCAUGUUGUACGAGGAGCUAUUUCCUAGAAGUCACGUUGUAGCCGAACAAAAGCUUGCGCCCGAAGUAACGCAUGAAAGUAUUGAUACUGGGGAUUUGGCGAUAAAGCAAAUGAAUGACGAGCAAGAAAUUGUCAAGACAGCUAAUUCUGGCGGGUUAGAGACGGAAUUAGAAACACUGCAGAAGGAGCUGCAAGUGCUCGAACUUCGUCAGAAAAUCGCUAUGCUGAAGUCAUCUAACAUCGCUUCGACUUCGCUACCAUCAUCAUCAUCACCACCACCGCUGCCUUUACCUACAGCGCAGCCAGUGCCGCCAUCUUUAACAUCGUCACCACCGCUCCCUUUGCCGCUACCUACAGUGCUGCCAGUGUAUGUACCCAACUUUGAAGACUUCAUAGGAAAAUUUAGUGGUGAAAGAGGAGGAGUAGGGGUGGAGCACUGGUUUCGAGAAUUUGAACAAGUAUGUAGCUUGUACACACUAAACGACCAGCUGAAAUUUUUCUGUAUGCGCCGCCUGCUCACCGACACCGCCGCCAUUUUUGCUAAAACCUCAGGCGCAUGCACCUAUGAGACACUGAAAGCUGACCUUAUUAGUACUUUCACAUCAAAAACUUCACUAGAAGAAGUGUUUAAAAAACUAAGGGCACGACAUCUCUCGCAACAUGAAAGCAUCACAAGGUAUGUGUUGGAAAUGCAGCAAAUAGCGGGCACCGUCAUUCCAGAGGAAGACUUGGUCAAUAUUAUAAUUGACGGAAUUGAUGAUCCUAUUAAUACGUCAUCCAUACGUUUCGCUGCAAAAUCGCUCGAGCACCUUAAAACCCUGCUGAAAAAAUACGAAACUUUUCGUCAAACUCGUGGCGUGACUCCUACACCAGCACCGUUACGCACUAAACCCCCAGCUCCACCCCGCAGCACUGGCCCCUCGCGUCAAUGGGCGCAGAACAACAAUAAUGAACCGGCCAGAUGCUUUAACUGUUCUCAAUUCGGCCAUUAUCAAAGCGCUUGCCCAAUGCCACGCCGCCCCAAGGGAUCCUGUUUUAAAUGCCACCAAAUGGGACAUACACAUCGAGAGUGCCGAAACUUCCAGCCCGUUACGACUGCUGCGGUGCACCAUCUGGGUUCCCAUGGAUUCGAUGAGGAAACUGCGGACCAAAUACUGCUUAGCGAAAUUGAAACGCCGACCCAAACGGAUAAUUAGUGACCGAGGUACCUGCUUCACGUCCAACCAGUUCGAAAAUUUCCUUAGAUCAAAUGAGGUACAGCAUGUACUCAACGCUACUGGUUCACCACAAGCAAACGGACAAGUCGAAAGGGUAAACCGCGUACUUCGACCCAUCCUCAGCAAACUUUCGGACUCUUAUGAUCACGAUGAUUGGAAUUUGCAUUUACUGGAUGCUGAAUAUGCGUUGAAUAAUUCAAAGCACGCCAGUACGAAGUUUUCACCCUCAGUUCUCCUGUUUGGUAUUGAACAACGGGGUCAUUUAAUUGAUGAACUAACGGAGUUUUUAGACGAGCGUCGUGGAAGUACACUAAAUGAUUUAAGCGACAUUCGGGCUGAAGCAUCGGCAAAUAUAAUUAAAUCUCAGCUUACCAAUGAGGCAUAUUUUCGUAAAAAUCAUAAACCAGCAGCUAAAUAUGAAGUUGGAGAUUAUGUAGUAAUGCGGAACAUUGAUAGCAACACUCAGCAGAAUAAGAAGUUGAUUCCUAAAUAUAAAGGUCCGUACAUAGUCCAUAAGGUAUUGCCUAACGAUCGCUAUGUCAUUAGGGACAUUGAGGGCUGUCCAAUAACUCAGAUGCCAUAUGAUGGCAUAUUAGAAUCAAACAAGUUGAAGAAAUGGAGUGAGCCGUAUGAAACCGUUAACGAAAUUUGAAUUACUAAUAUAUUUACACAUAAAUUGAGGUCAAUUUGUUGGUUAGGAUGGCCGAGCUGUAGUACCCUGGAGAUUUGACCCCUAAUUAGACCAUAGUGCCGGAUCGGAAUAUGACCAUCACCGCGACAACUGUGCGAUAAUCCGAAUGUCAAAAAUAAAGAUUAUUCGUUUACGGAUCGUUGUACUGACAA